GCACGCUGAAAUUCGGGGCUGAUACCGAUCUGGUUACACUUAACAUACUGGCUGUCAGGCCGAGCUCUCCCCUUUGACACUUGACACACGCCCGGGAAACGAGCAAAACAAUAGGAGAACACCCACCUCGAUGAGUGAUCAGCCAACCGAUGGCGUCGCCCGCCUCCGUCUCAAGGUGUCCCUGUGGAUCUACGGCACCGCCCUGGUGUUCAUUCUCGUGGCCAUUCUGCUGCUCAUCCUGCCGGGUCUGGUGCGUGGAUAUCCCCUGGUCUCGAACGAUGUGGCCACCUAUUGCUUCUUCGGCGUCGGACUGGCCACGCUGUGCGUCUAUGUCAACGUGAUGUGGCUGCGUUGGAAGUGUCCCUUCAUCAACUACUUCAUUGCAGCCUGUCUGGCAUUUGGAUCGGUAUCGGUUCUCUCGUAUCAGUUAACUGUGCACGUGCUGCUUCUCAGCCUGGAGAUUCUAAUCAUGAUGUCGCUGGUGCUGAUUGUGGGCUCCUUUAAGCUGCCCAAGUUUCCCACGGUGGCAUACCUACUGUUUACCUGGGGCAUAUUCGUCACGUUCUCCUCCAUCCUGAUGACCAUAGUUUGUGGCCACUUGCUGGAUAUCCUGCUCUCCUAUGAAGUAGCCAUUCACUUUGCACUCUGGCAAAUCAUGUUCCCGCUAAUUGUGUUCCAGGCGCAGGUGAUCUCCGGAUUUUGGGACAACCUACCGCCCUUCAUCGACAAGACACUCUGCUCCACGAUGCUGUUGUUAGACUUCCUUGCCUGCUACGCCUUCCUGGACUCCGCCGAAGACAUUGGGUUCGAGGUCUUUUACGUCAGCCAAACGUCAAACCAACAGUUUUUAGCCAGAUCCAUUAAGAGCCAAUGGGAUAUGAUGAUGGACUCGAAAUAGGGACUUCUCAAAUUGGAGAGCUCUGCUAAAGCCUGCCUUAUAAUAGUAUAUUAAAUAUAUAGAUAGUAAACUUAUCGGAACAUUUUUGGAAUACCUAUACAUUUUUCAUUAAUAACUAAUGUGUAGUUAAGGUUUUGUUUGAGUAAGUAAAAAAUAAAAGAGUAUUUGUCAAAAAUUAACGCGAAUUCUUUAGCAAACCGAGAAAACAAGAAUUUUCACUCGCGGUAUACUUUAUUAUUUCACCAAGGCAAAGUAAUCAAUUUAUAUAAUUGACGGUGUUCCCUUCCUUUUUGGAAAAGUAAAAUAUAAGAACAAUUUGACGUGACGUAGAACAUUGAGCUAACAAGCUUAAUAUAUAAUAAAUAUAAUAAUAAAAUAAAUUUUAAGUAAAGAAUACGUUUAAAGUACGUUUGUUAAAACUGAA